ACAAUCCCAAAUUGGUAGUGUUUUGGUGUUAGGUCAAGCAACGAAACGAAGAUAGCACAAUCAGGUGAUGAAUCUCAAGACCCGCUUUUUCUCUGUCAAUCAUCAAUGUAAUUGUUCAUUAAGUUAUUCGAUUUGAUAUUGAUUUGAUACACAUAGAGAAACUCAUAAUUAAUUUCAGCUUUUUCGAAGAGAAGAAAGAUAAUCGAAGAAGAUGGUGAAAGUGGCAACAUUCUUCGCAAUGACAUUUGGGGCCUUCCUUUUCUGGCAAUCUAUGGAUAAAGUCCAUGUCUGGAUCGCUCUUCACCAGGACGAAAAGCAUGAAAGAAUGGAGAGAGAAGCAGAGAUCAAGAGAGUGAGACAAGAGUUGCUACGAGAAGCAAGGGAAAAGGACCCUGUUGCUUAAGCCCUGUGUCUCGAUGUCGGUGGCAUUUUCUGUGAACUUUCUAUUGUUGCUGUUUUUUCUUGCUUUAUUCCGGUCAGAGUUGACAGAAUUCUCAUAAGAUAUGACUUUUGUGCUGCAUCAAUGAUUAUAAUAUCAUGGAUAAGAUAUGAUUCCUGUACUAAACCAAUUAUUAUGAUUCUCAUGAAUAAGCUAUUUUGUUUUUCAUUCA